AUGUUUCCUGCCAAGUUGGGGCUUCAGAAAGACUACACCUACCACCCUGUCGUAACAGAAUACUUCAGGGUUGGCUCUGAUGGGAACUGUUCCACUAUUAACUGUAAUGGAGUAUUGCCUGUUGGUUCCACUGCCAAGUCAGAACCCCUCCUUCACCCCAAAGCAUUGACUUUGGAUCUAAGUUGAAGUACCAUUUUGUGGAUUCAAUGCAACCAACCUUAAUUAUGACCUUCAAGAAUAUAUAUAUAUAUAUAUAUAUAUAUAUAUAUAUAUAUAUAUAUAUGUAUGUAUAUGUAUGUAUGUAUGUAUAUAUAUAUAUAUAUAUAUAUAUAUAUAUAUAUAUAUAUAUAUAUAUAUAUAUAUAUAUAUAUAUAUAUAUAUAUAUAUAUAUAUGUGUAUGUAUAUAUAUAUAUAUAUAUAUAUAUAUAUAUAUAUGUGUAUGUAUAUAUAUAUAUAUAUAUAUAUAUGUGUGUAUGUGUGUGUAUCUAUCUAUCUUCUCCUAUUUCAGAUUUAAGUAUGUUCUCAUCAACCCAGCGAACAAGACGGUUGUUGCGGAGUCUGGUCCAACAACAUCACUCUUUACUCUUGUAAGUGCUUCCCAUAUAUUUUCUGAAUCUAUACAGUCUAUCGGAAAUGUCCAUGUACCUCUGCUUAACAUAAAAACAAUACCAUUUGUCAAUUCCUCCAGUGAAAGACCCUGACAGCAUUAAUUAUGUUCUUGCGGGAAGGUCUGUGGCCAUGAUUGUCUUAACGUCUAUUCUGUGUGCCUUCCUGGCCUUGCUGCUGUUGCUCAUCAUGCUGACCUACCUCUUUAAGGAAUACCUGGAAUAGUAUAAAAGUAAUCCUUCUACCCCCCCCCCCCCCCCCAUAAAAAAAAAAAAGUUGAAUGCACCAAUUUGUAAGUCGCUCUGGAUAAGAGCGUCUGCUAAAUGACGUAAAUGUAAUCUAUGCCCUGUGAGUUAUAUAACCUACCACCUUUCCCAGUUGAACUUCAUAGACAUGGGGACAAUUGUUGGGGAGUUCUAUGUUCUGGCACAUUAUGCCCAUAACAGGUCCAGGAGUUGUGCUUUUUGGUUCAUAAUGGUUUAGAGUAGGGAUGGAGACGGUCCAGCUGCUGAGGUAUAUAUCUGGAUUUGACAGUGUCUAUUUCCAUAGUCUGCUAUGUAGCAUGUAUCUAAUAGGCUACCUGACAUUAAUUGAUUUCUCAAACCCUCUAUGUCCUCAGCAGUUGCUGUUGGAAGGAGAAACAGACCAUCCAAGUUCCAGGAUCAUUGCGCAUGUAUGCCACUCCGUCCCCUUAUGUAAACCGUGCUUAUGAGGAUGAGCCGCAGGGAACCAUAGCCUCUCGUGUCCAAAAUGUCACUAACCCAAAUUAGGCUCAAGAGCUACACUGACUAUGAUUUGCCAAAACCAGCCACAGAAUUGUAGUGAGGGUUUGCAAGAAGAAAAUGUUGCGGAUGAAAAUGUUGCACUUAGUGGUCCAUUGCCAACAUACAUUUCAUUCAUGAUCAAUAUGUUUAUGAUAUUAAGGCUGGGGUAUAAUGCAAAUUAAUAACUAGUUUGAUGGCUAUUUAGAGGUCUACUUUUUUAACUGGAGUUUAAAAUACAAUGCUAAAAGUCACAUAUUAUAGGCUACAUUUAUUUGGAGGCAAUGAUUUUUGGCAUAUAAAAUAUAUAUGCAAUUGAGCGAAUCAAAAUGUAUUUUUUUACCUCAUAUUAAUUAUAUUUAUUUUUACAAUAAUCAAAAUAGAAAGAGGAGUACAUAAUAAUAACAACCCAUUUAUCUCAUGUCCCCUGUAUGCUGUCAUCAUUACUGUGUAAUGUGUAAACACACCUGGUGUGUUUAAAUUUGCAGCAUUAAUAAGCCUCCUAGCCUUUUUGGGGCCCUAAGCAAAAUGUUGUUCCCCAUAGGAGAACCCUUUGAAGAACCAUUUUUGGUUCCAGGUUGAACCUUUUUGGGUUCCAUGUAAAAAACCUUUCCACAGAGGGUUCUACAUGGAACCAAAAAGGGUUAUCCUAUGGGGACAGCUGAAGAACCCUUUUGGAACCCUUUUUUCUAAGAGUAUGCAAGUUUAGAUAGCUGGCUAGACUAACCUACCAAUCUAAAAUAAAUGUAGCUGAUAUGGGCUAGUUGAGUGACUGUCAGUGACUGACAUAACAAGAGAGAAACCGCUUAUGCACUAGAGGUCUUCUUGGGUCCAAAAAGUUGGUCCUAAACACACCCGAGGGCAAUCAGACCCGGACGUACGGAUUCUAUCCCCCCCCCCAAAAAAGGGGAACCCGAAUGGACCCGAGGACAACCAGACCUAGACCUGAUUUAUGUUAAUCAGCCAAGUUGCUCUUCUGGUUAAGGAAUAGGUAUUUUAUAUGUUGGCUAGGCCUUCUAUAAGUCAAUACAUUCACCUUAUUAGCCAAAAAUAAAUAUGCUAUAGGCUAUGCAGAGCCAUGGUAGGGUCCACACGGGUCUAUCAGCUGUAGUUACAUAGACCCAAGACCCGAUGACAAUCAAACAGGACCUGACCCAGACAGAGGGACAAGUUAGAAUUCUGGACUUGGACCCUGACGGGUCUCGGGCAUUUGGGUUCGGGUAGACCUAUGAAGACCUCUAUGAUGCAGAACCACAUUUCGAAAUUGCACCUUUGUGUAUUCUACUAUUCUAACUCUCAACACUAAGUUUUGUAUUUAUUUUUUGGUGGCGGGACCCAAAGUGGUCGCUUAUGCCUAUGUCCGGCCUUGAGUUUAUGUAUGUAAGCUGGCAUUUUAUUGAUUUUGUAGGAAUUUGAGCUUAUAUUAUCAUUGGAGGCUUACGAUUUUGUGGUUAUAAUUUAGCUAAUUUAAUUAUACUUUUAAAGUUGUGUCCUUGACGAACGUUUUAUUGGCGUUUCUCCAGGAAAGGUGAACUCCCACAGACUACUAACGUUACAGUUUCAGUUCACCUGCACACACCACAGAGAAGACACGGUAACUUUCUGGAAAAUAUAUUUUGUCUAGCGAAAUACUAAUUGUAGGAACAUCGGAGGCACAUUUUGACAGUCUCAAUAUCAACACAAAUAUCUGCGAUGUCUUGGACGUUUAUAUUAUAUACAUUUUUCAUCCGUGCAUUUAUGUUCGGAGUCCGAUCACAAAGUAAGUGUUACAGCCAAACCUAUAUGUUUCGGGGAGGGUAGUGAUGUGAGCACAGGGCUUUAUUGAUAACUUAGACAAAGUUUGUUAAUCUUUUAAUGUGUCAUCAUUUUUUAAUAGGCUUUAUUGUAUUCUAACCACCCUUCACUUACAUACAGGCUAUCAUGUUGAAAGAAUGCUCUUAAUUUGGUUUUAUUAUAUAUGUUAUUGAACCUAGGCUAUCGCUAAUAAAGAUCAAAAUGUUACAAGACCCAAAUAAAUGUUUGAUGAUCGAAAACAGAAUACUUUCAAAUACUUUAACUUUAUGUAGCCAUACUGGUUAACGUUUUUAAAACCUAAUCAGUUUUUUUAUUAACAGAUUGAAUGAUUAGAUUUGGUCUUAUCAAUACCAAUUGAUAAGCUAAAAUUGAUAUAUGCUGUUGAUGUAGAAUAGGUCAUAGAAUAGUUUUUAGGACUGUUUUACUCCAUAAAUUAUGCUAUUGGUCAACAUAAAAAGAGCAAGACAUGGUGAAAGAUGGCUACAUGAAUAAGUGCUUGUUUUUAGUUGGAAUAGAAAUGUGUCCUUAUUCUAAACAUGCCCUUGUAACCAUUCACUUGGAUGAUAAGAUAAUAGGAUAGACUGGUUUUUCAGGAAAAUGGACAUGGUGCUUUCUCCCCCUCAUGGUGCGUACUGCCCCCUUGUUUUACUGUUCAUCCUUAAGAGAUCUUUGCAGUGCAAACAUGGUCGGUGUACACCGUGACCUAGCUCCUCAGUGAGCCACAACAUGCGGGUGUGAUUGUCACUAUCCAAAACAAGAAAUUAGAUCAUUUGUAUGCACUUUUACUGCAGCAUCAGAGAUCAGUACAGCUAGUUAUGAUAUUAAUAGUUACUGUAGUGAAUUCAAUUAUCCAUCUGAAAGUAAUGACAAUCUGAGAAAGCAUAAUGAGGCCUUUCUACAGUAAUUAUUCACUUGAGCUUGUAUUGUCCUCCCAUUUACAUUUUACAUUUUAGUCAUUUAGCAGACGCUCUUAUCCAGAGUGACUUACAGUUAGUCCAUUGUCUGAGAUUACAGACAGAUUCAAGAAUUCUGUGACAUGACAAGACUGGGAGGAAGAACAAGAGUCACGUUUCUUAUGCUCUCCCACAGAGAGCAUCCAAACCCUGGUGUCUUGGUAGCGAGUGGUGUACAUCUGUAGAAAUGUUUUGCAUCAGGAUCAGACAGCAAAAUCAAGAAUAUGUUUCUCAGAACGUAGAAUCUAGUCCACUAGCUAGAUAAUGAGCAGAUAGCCACCCCUUCCUCUUAAGGGCUGUUUAUCAUCUUCCAAGGGAGGGUAAUGGGUAAAGAGGCCAUCAGAUAAACUACUCACAAACUGAUAUCUUCUCUGGAAAUGUUUCUGAUCUUACUUCUAUGACAGUGGUGUGGCCCAGCUUUGAGAGAAAGGGUUUAAUACAGAGCCAUACUGUGAGGUUUCAUGUGGCUCUGGUUUAAAAUCUACAGCAUUAAAAGGAAUUAUCCAGAAGUAGUAAAUCAUUUUUUUGUUCUGUUUGUGUAGUUGUGUCUCUGGAUUAUAUUCCUGAGAUCCUCCCCUAUGAGGCGAGCGGCAGGGUAACCAGCAGUACCAUUGUGCUGGGCCAGCCUCUGUGCUACUUCAACACACUGACCCAGCUCAAAUGCAGUCAAAGCACCUGUCAAGUAUGGGCUGCCAUCGCCUCUGGACCAGGUAGGUCUCAACUGGAUGUGGCAAAGUAUUUAAAGACAUUGAGGGGGGGGGGAUCCCUAAUAAAUACAAAUCUUAACUUUGAUAAAAUUAUUAAUAAUGAUUAAUCCCUCAGACGACAAUUCCAGUGCAGCUAAAUCAAAAUCAAAUCCGAUACUAGAUAAAUAGAUGUACGAUUGUCCAGCCCAGUGAUCAUUUUGUCUUUUUUCAUGGCCCUUUGCACAUCAGGCGUCAACAACUUUGACAUUGACAAGCUGGAACCAGUACAGAUCGUCAGUGCCUCUCCAUACCCUAUGGCCUUCAGCAGUCAGACUAAUAGAAUGUAUUUCGUCACCAAAUUGGGACGCCCUAAGGACUUCCCCUGUGGCCAGUUGCCUGGCAUCAAGUACUUCAGAGUAGGUGCGGCGGGAAACUGCACCAGCACCAACUGCAAUGGGGUCCUACCUCCGGAUUCCACUGUCAGGUACCAUAAUACCAUAGCAAUAUAUAUACAGAGGGGAGAACAAUUAUUUGAUACACUGCCGAUUUUGCAGGUUUUCCUACUUACAAAGCAUGUAGAGGUCUGUAAUUUCUAUCAUAGGUACACUUCAACUGUGAGAGACGGAAUCUAAAACAAAAAUCCAGAAAAUCACAUUGUAUGAUUUUUAAGUAAUUAAUUUGCAUGACAUAAGUAUUUGAUCACCUACUAACCAGUAAGAAUUCCGGCUCUCACAGACCUGUUAGUUUUUCUUUAAGAAGCCCUCCUGUUCUCCACUCAUUACCUGUAUUAACUGCACCUGUUUGAAGUCGUUACCUGUAUAAAAAACACCUGUCCACACACUCAAUCAAACAGACUCCAACCUCUCCACAAUGGCCAAGACCAGAGAGCUGUGUAAGGACAUCAGGGAUACAAUUGUAGACCUGCACAAGGCUGGGAUGGGCUACAGGACAAUAGGCAAGCAGCUUGGUGAGAAGGCAACAACUGUUGGCGCAAUUAUUAGAAAAUGGAAGAAGUUCAAGAUGACGGUAAAUCACCCUCGGUCUGGAGCUCCAUGCAAGAUCUCACCUCGUGGGGCAUCAAUGAUCAUGAGGAAGGUGAGGGAUCAGCCCAGAACUACACGGCAGGACCUGGUCAAUGACCUGAAGAGAGCUGGGACCACAGUCUCAAAGAAAACCAUUAGUAACACACUACGCCGUCAUGGAUUAAAAUCCUGCAGCGCACGCAAGGUCCCCCUGCUCAAGCCAGCGCAUGUCCAGGCCCGUCUGAAGUUUGCCAAUGACCACCUAGAUGAUCCAGAGGAGGAAUGGGAGAAGGUCAUGUGGUCUGAUGAGACAAAAAUAGAGCUUUUUGGUCUAAACUCCACUCGCCGUGUUUGGAGGAAGAAGAAGGAUGAGUACAACCCCAAGAACACCAUCCCAACCGUGAAGCAUGGAGGUGGAAACAUCAUUCUUUGGGGAUGCUUUUCUGCAAAGGGGACAGGACGACUGCACCGUAUUGAGGGGAGGAUGGAUGGGGCCAUGUAUCGCGAGAUCUUGGCCAACAACCUCCUUCCCUCAGUAAGAGCAUUGAAGAUGGGUCGUGGCUGGGUCUUCCAGCAUGACAACGACCCGAAACACACAGCCAGGGCAACUAAGGAGUGGCUCCGUAAGAAGCAUCUUGAGGUCCUGGAGUGGCCUAGCCAGUCUCCAGACCUGAACCCAAUAGAACAUCUUUGGAGGGAGCUGAAAGUCCGUAUUUCCCAGCGACAGCCCCGAAACCUGAAGGAUCUGGAGAAGGUCUGUAUGGAGGAGUGGGCCAAAAUCCCUGCUGCAGUGUGUGCAAACCUGGUCAAGACCUACAGGAAACGUAUGAUCUCUGUAAUUGCAAACAAAGGUUUCUGUACCAAAUAUUAAGUUCUGCUUUUCUGAUGUAUCAAAUACUUAUGUCAUGCAAUAAAAUGCAAAUUAAUUACUUAAAAAUCAUACAAUGUGAUUUUCUGGAUUUUUGUUUUAGAUUCCGUCUCUCACAGUUGAAGUGUACCUAUGAUAAAAAUUACAGACCUCUACAUGCUUUGUAAGUAGGAAAACCUGCAAAAUCGGCAGUGUAUCAAAUACUUGUUCUCCCCACUGUGUGUGUGUGUGUAUAUAUAUAUAUAUAUAUAAAGGAUGCGUUUAAGUCAUUGUCAGUCUUGAAAGCAACCAACCUUUUACACCUAGAAAUGUCCCACCUAAUUGAAAAGUAUAAUUUAUGGAUUUGUUGUGGUCUUUUUAAGGUCAGUGCGGGUCACGUGUAAAUGUGUAUUUUCUUAUUUUUCAGGGUGAAGUACAUCCUCAUUGAUCCAGUCUCCAGAGGCGUGGUCUCGGAGUCUAAAUGGUCAUAUCCCAUUUCUCUAACAUCAAGUAAGAUAAAGCCACUAAAAUAAACAAUGAACAUUAUUAUUAUUAUUAUUAUUAUUAUUAUUAUUGCACAAAUAUAGCCUAUAAUCAGCACAAGAUGUUUACCGGUCGUUCCACACCGGGGAGACAAAAGCCCUGGCCUGAAUUGAAAAUGAUGAAGGUUUCAAAAACAGGUUUAUUGUGUUCCCUCUUAAAGGCCAAUUUUACUCUGUUUUUAUUUAUUUUUAAACAUUUUAUUCUAUUCUCUGUGUCUGUGCAGUGAAGUCCUGGUCCUCCAUAGAUGAGUUUAUAGGGAAGCGCUCUGGUGGAAUGGUGGUCAUCACAGUCAUCUCUUCCUGUCUGCUGGCUGUCCUGCUACUACUGCUGGGAGCUGUGCUGCUGCUGGACUGGUGAGGCACACACACAUUUGACAUUUUAGUCAGUAAGCAGAUGCUCUUAUCCAGAGCGACUUACAAUUCAUGCCACACAAUACAAUACCAUACCAAACCAUACCCUAGGAUUUUUUUCAGCAGCGGUGGCAAAGCUAACGGGUAGAUUUGUUUAAAUAGAAUGACUGUGAGAAGGUCACUUCUGUUGUCUUUUUGCAAAGUACAUUCUAUUCCAAAAUGCAUGAAAAUAUAAUUAUGUUGACACCAUCUGAAAUAUAAUUUCCCCUUUAAAAGCAUUAUAACCUGUAGCCCAAGUGAUGCAGCAUAGAUGUUUUAAAUAAAUAGGCUGAAGCAUAGGGUUGCCCAUCUGCAUUUAUCUAAUUGAAAAACCCAAAGACUCUGAAUGCAUCAAACGUUUUUAAAAUGCAUUUAAUCGCCACUGCUCGCUCUGUUUGCUACAAAUAUACGUUGUAACUUGUCACUCUGAUCUUAAAAGCGUGUCUCGGCAGAAAUAUACAGUACCAGUCAAAAGGUUGGACACACCUACUCAUUCAAGUGUUUUUCUUUAUUUUUACUAUUUUCUACAUUGUAGAAUAAUAGUGAAGACAUAAACUAUGAAAUAACACAUGGAAUCAUGUAGUAUUCAAAAAAGUGUUAAACAAAUCAAAAUAUAUUUAAUAUUUGAGAUUCUUCAAAUAGCCACCCUUUGCCUUGAUGACAGCUUUGCACACUCUUGGCAUUUUCUCAACCAGCUUCACCUUGAAUACUUUUCCAACAGUCUUGAAGGAGUUCCCACAUAUGCUGAGCACUUUUUGGCUGCUUUUCCUUCACACUGCGAUCCAACUCAUCCCAAACCAUCUCAAUUGGGUUGAGGUCGGGUGAUUGUGGAUGCCAGGUCAUCUGAUGCAGCACUCAUCACUCUCCUUCUUGGUAAAAUAGCCCUUACACAGCCUGGAGGUGUGUUGGGUCAUUGUCCUGUUGAAAAACAAAUGACAGUCCCACUAAGCCCAAACCAGAUGGGAUGGCGUAUCGCUGCAGAUUGCUGUGGUAGCCAUGCUGGUUAAGUGUGCCUUGAAUUCUAAAUAAAUCACAGACAGUGUCACCAGCAAAGCACCCCCACACAUCCUCCUCCAUGCUUCAUGGUGGGAACCACACAUGCGGAGAUCAUCCGUUCACCUACUCUGUGUCUCACAAAGAUACAGCGGUUGGAACCAAAAAUCUCAAAUUUCCACCAGUCUAAUGUCCAUUGCUCGUUUUUCUUGGACCAAGCUAAAUUCUUCUUCUUAUUGGCGUCCUUUAGUAGUGGUUUCUUUGCAGCAAUUUGACCAUGAAGGCCUGAUUCAAUCAGUCUCCUCUGAACAGUUGAUGUUGAGAUGUGUCUGUUACUUGAACUCUGUGAAGUAUUUAUUUGGGUUGCAAUUUCUGAGGCUGGUAACUCGAAUGGUCUUCCAUUCCUGUGCCGGUCCUCAUGAGAGCCAGUUUCAUCAUAGCGCUUGAUGGUUUUUGCGACUGCACUAGACGAAACUUUCAAAGUUCUUGACAUUUUCCUUAUUGACUGAUUUUCAUGUCUUAAAGUAAUGGACUGUCGUUUCUCUUUGCUUAUUUGAGCUGUUCUUGCCAUAAUAUGGACUUGGUCUAUCUUCUGUAUACCACCCCUACCUUGUCACAACACAACUGAUUGGCUCAAAUACAUUAAGAAGGAAAGAAAUUCCACAAAUUAACUUUUUAAUAAGGCACACCUGUUAAUUGAAAUGUAUUCCAGGUGACUACAUCAUGAAGCUGGUUGAGAGAAUGCCAAGUGUGCAAAGCUGUCAUCAAGGCAAAGGGUGGCUAUUUGAAGAAUCUCAAAUAUAAGAUUAUAUUUUGAUUUGUUUAACACUUUUUUGCUUACUACAUGAUUCCAUGUGUUAUUUCAUAGUUUUGAUGUCUUCACUAUUAUUCUAUAAUGUAAAAAAUAGUAAAAAUAAAGAAAAACCCUUGAAUUAGUAGGUGUUCUAAAACUUUUGACCAGUAAAAUAAAAAUAUGAAAAUGUUUUACAUUUUAUCUGAUUUUGGGGAGUGGCAUCAACAUGCUAAAUGAAUAAAGGGGAAACACUGCCAUACCAUAGUAGCACAUAUCCUUGGAAAUAGAAACUUCACCCUACCUUGCUCAACACAAAAAUUACUUAUUUGCUUUCUAUUCAAGGCACUGGCAGCAUUGGGGUUAGAAAUGAGAAAAAUGUUGUACUGACUUGAUAAUGUGGUUGCAUCUAAACAUGUCAGCCUUACGACAAAUGUAAUCUAACGUUGUGCUUCCUGCCUCUCCCUUAACACAGUUUGGGAUCAUUCCGUAGAGGCCAUGACAUCACCACUUGACAUGGGAUACUGGGACAAUACUCAUACUAACUUCCUCCACUCUCAGACCAGUCCAGCACUCCUCAAGACAUGUAUGUGACCAUUGAUGUGGAUACUCACUGUGCAACUAGCAUAGCCCUAGGAUGGAAAGAUGCGUAUGGUUAUACCUUAUGUUAAUGUUCUGAUGCCAUUUCUACAUUGCCUUGCAAAAGUAUUCAGACCCCUUGGAUUACUUCACAUUUUAUUGUGUUACAAAGAUAAAAAUGGAUGUAAUUGUCCUUUUUUUUGUCAACAAUCUACACAAAAUACUCUGUCCAAGUCGAAGACAAAUUCUAACAUUUCUUAAAGAUUAAUAAAAAAAAUGAUCAAUCAAAUAUAGAU